AAAUAACUUUGACUUCCUGCGCAUGCGCAUUAAUAGCAUAGAUGGCCAUUAUUGUCGAAGAUUUACAUGUUAUUUAGAAUAAAAUAAGAAAAUGAGUAGUUCCGAAGAAGUGUCAUGGAUAUCCUGGUUUUGUGGACUAAGAGGAAAUGAGUUUUUCUGUGAGGUUGAUGAAGAUUAUAUACAGGAUAAAUUUAAUCUAACUGGAUUAAAUGAACAAGUACCUCAUUACAGACAGGCGUUAGAUAUGAUAUUAGACCUUGAACCAGAUGAUGAUUUAGAUGAUAAUCCUAACCAAUCAGAUUUAAUAGAACAAGCUGCAGAGAUGUUAUACGGGUUGAUACAUGCUAGAUAUAUCAUGACUAACAGAGGCAUUGCACAAAUGAUCGAGAAAUGGCAACAAGGUGAUUUCGGUUAUUGUCCCCGUGUUUAUUGUGAAAAUCAACCCAUGUUACCUAUAGGGUUAUCUGAUGUUCCUGGUGAAGCUAUGGUUAAAUUAUACUGUCCUAAAUGUCAAGAUGUUUACACACCUAAAUCUUCACGCCAUCACCAUACAGACGGCGCUUAUUUUGGCACUGGUUUUCCACACAUGCUAUUUAUGGUUCAUCCGGAAUACAGGCCAAAGAGACCUGCCAAUCAGUUUGUUCCAAGGCUAUAUGGUUUCAAAAUUCACCCACUGGCUUACCAAUUACAGUAUCAAGCAGCGGCUAACUUUAAGAUGCCGAUGAGGGGAACUAGUCACACUAAUAGUAAAAGAUGAAGCUGACAAUACUUAGUUCUAAAUCUGUAUUAUGUUUAUUAAUUAUUUACACAAGUAAAAGACUUUAAAAUUUACCUCUAAAAGUUGUCAACAUAGACAUCAGUUUUCAAAAUGAAAGUAUUAUGAAUCUAUAAGAAAAAUUUGGAAUGGUUAAAUUUUAGGUCUUUUAUUGUGUAUUUAUUGUAAUUUAACUUCGAUUUUUGUCUCCGAUUGUGCUUUGUAAAUAUCGCAUUGUGUGAUCUAAAAAUUCUAGGAUUGGAAUAAACCCUUAAAUGUAGGGUGUUUGAUUGGACUGAAGUCGAAUCAGGGUUUUUCAGCAGUUCAAUUAUGCAAAGUUUACUGAGUACUCCAUUGCCAUUUAGAACAGGCAUCUAAAGAUUUUGUUGGAUGAAAAACCAGAUCGUAUUAAUUGCAAUCAAACACCUUGAAGUAAAGAUUUUAUUACAAAGUAUAUCUAGUUAAUGUUAUCUGUGUCCAGGAAAGUAAUAAAUCUUAAUCAUUGAAAUUUAAUAAACUUCAACACCUUUAUCAAGUUUAAAGUGGCAAUAGCUUUAAGUUUUCAUGUUACAGUCCAUUAACUAUUAGUUAGGCCUGUAGGAAUAAAGUCGUAAUCUGAAGGGCCUUUUCAAUUAAAAUACCAUCAGUAAUGUAUUUAGUAUCUAGGGUUCGGUGUUCUGGUUAAAUUUGUCAUCUGAAUAUGUAUCUAGAUUCAAAUCGUAUCACACCACACCACAUGUAUUGUGAUAUGUAUCGUAUAAUGACUCUAGUCACAAUAUCCCGCACCACUAGGGCCAGUAUAAGAUUAAAGGGAACUAAUUUGUGUUUUGUUGUACAUUUAAAGAUAAGAAUCAACUGAUAACUGUAUUUACUGAAUAUGUAAAAAGAACUUUACUGAAUAAAAAAAAUACAGCUGUA